CGAACAGAAAUCAAGAUAUUUUCCUGGAGGGAUGUGGAUUCAAAACCAAUAAUGUUUUUUUAAUACAAGAGUUAGUAGGCGUCCUGUUUAGUAUUAGUGUUUCUUUGUUGGAUACUCAAAUAAUUUACUUAUACAUGUAAAAAGUUUAUUAAACUCACAAGAAAACAGAUUUUCGAAUAAUAAUUUGAAAAAGUGAUAUUAUAAAUUAAUUUGCUGUGGUGUGAUAAAAUAUCGGCUUUUCUAUUGUAAGUAAUAUUCUGAAAAAGUGUGCAAUAAUUGCGAGAGCUGUAGCGCGACAUGUGCUGUACUCCUGUUGAGAUCGGUCGCCAUUACAGUGAAUGUUCUCUGUGAUUUUUGACAAAAAUUGCAUGAAGACUGUGGGUCCUCAUGAUACACCAGGGAUAUAUGUUGGUUUUGAAUGAUUUCAAUGUUAGUUAUGUUUAUGGAUCUUCAAAUAGCCCUCUUUGAUACCUUAACACAUGGUUGUCGUUGCCCCCCCUGGGAAACAUUUGUAUGGGCGCCCAUGGUACAAGGGUAUCGUGGGGGCCUAGGCGUGAGGAGACAUGUCCGUCGCCUCUGACUCAUUCUCUGAGGAGGAGCGCAGCUUAUUCCGUCCAUUCACACGCGAGUCACUUGCGAUUAUUGAGGCUAGAAUUGCAGAAGAAUAUGCCAAACAGAAAGAACUCGAAAAGAAAAGAGCUGAGGGAGAGCCGGGUUUUGGACGCAGGAAAAAGAAAAAAGAAAUUCGGUAUGAAGACGAGGACGAAGAUGAAGGGCCUCAGCCCGACCCGACUCUGGAGCAGGGUCUUCCCAUUCCGGUACGUCUUCAGGGCAGUUUCCCUCCCGAACUGGCCAGCACACCACUUGAAGACAUCGACUCAUUCUACCAAAACCAAAUGACUUUCGUAGUUAUAAGUAAAGGCAAGGACAUUUUUCGGUUUAGUGCAACAAAUGCUCUUUGGAUACUCGAUCCUUUCAAUCCAAUUCGGAGGGUGGCCAUCUAUAUCCUCGUUCAUCCGUUAUUUUCAUUAUUUAUCAUUACAACAAUUCUUGUCAACUGUAUCCUUAUGAUAAUGCCUACAACUCCCACCGUAGAAUCAACCGAAGUAAUAUUUACGGGCAUCUACACGUUUGAAUCAGCAGUGAAGGUGAUGGCGAGAGGUUUUAUACUUCAACCAUUCACCUACCUUAGAGAUGCAUGGAACUGGCUCGACUUCGUAGUCAUAGCUUUAGCUUAUGUUACAAUGGGUAUAGAUCUUGGAAAUCUCGCUGCCUUAAGAACAUUCAGGGUACUGCGAGCCCUCAAAACUGUCGCUAUUGUACCAGGUUUGAAAACCAUCGUUGGAGCUGUAAUUGAAUCAGUAAAAAAUCUACGAGAUGUGAUAAUUUUAACAAUGUUUUCUCUUUCCGUAUUUGCACUAAUGGGUUUACAAAUUUAUAUGGGAGUUCUUACACAAAAAUGCAUUAAAAACUUUCCAAAUGACGGUUCCUGGGGAAAUCUUACAGAUGAAAACUGGGAAAAGUUUAUGGAUAAUAAGACAAAUUGGUAUGUAGAUGACAAUGGAGACUAUCCACUCUGUGGUAAUUCCUCAGGAGCUGGUACAUGCAAGCCAGGUUAUACGUGCCUACAGGGUUACGGAGAAAAUCCAAAUUAUGGUUACACUAGUUUUGAUACUUUCGGCUGGGCCUUUCUUUCCGCCUUUAGAUUAAUGACACAAGACUACUGGGAAAACCUUUACCAAUUGGUAUUGCGGUCCGCAGGUCCAUGGCACAUGCUGUUUUUUAUUGUGAUUAUAUUUUUGGGAUCUUUUUAUUUAGUUAAUUUAAUAUUAGCUAUUGUUGCGAUGUCUUAUGACGAAUUACAAAAGAAAGCCGAAGAAGAGGAAGCAGCUGAAGAAGAAGCCAUCAGGGAAGCUGAAAAAGCCGCACAGGCAAAACAGGACAGAGCGGAUGCGCGAGCAGCGGCGGCUGAGGAAGCCCGAGAAGCUGCAGCCGCAAAUUUAGCUGCUGAAAACUGUCCAGAUAUUGUAAAGUCCCCAUCCGAUUUUUCCUGCCACAGUUAUGAGCUAUUUGUGGGACAAGCAAAAGGUCACGAUGACAACAAUAAGGAGAAGAUGAGCAUUCGAUCUGAAGGAUUAGAUUCAGUGAGUGAGCAGAGAAGAAUACCUACUAAUCCCACCAAGAUGCGGAAAGUUAGCGCUGCCAGUCUCAGCUUACCUGGAUCGCCUUUCAAUCCUCGUCGAGGCUCUAGAGGAAGCCACCAGUUCACUAUGCGCAGUAAUCGCCGUAUGAUACCACCUCCUGGUGAUCGUAAGCCUUUGGUCUUAUCCACAUAUUUAGAUGCUCAAGAACAUUUACCUUAUGCCGAUGAUUCUAAUGCUGUUACACCGAUGAGUGAAGAGAAUGGAGCUAUGGUUGUUCCUAUUUAUUAUGCUAAUUUGGGUUCGCGUCAUUCAUCAUACACAUCGCACGCUUCACGAAUAUCUUACACCUCUCACGGAGAUCUCUUGUGUGGUUUGGGUGGUGCUGGGAAAGUAAUAACAAAAGAAAGCCAACUCAGGAAUAGAUCACUCAGGACUGGACCUCCCCUUGCGACAACAGCCACAACAACGCCCACCAAUUACACCGAUUAUAAUCAUAGAGCACAUCGAGGAGAUUACGAUGGACCAACAAGCCAAAUGGAGGGGAAGAUAAAGCAUUUAGACAAUCCAUUUAUUGAUAGUAAUCAAAGACAAACUGUAGUAGAUAUGAAAGAUGUUAUGGUUUUAAACGACAUCAUAGAGCAAGCUGCUGGUAGACAAAGCGGUGCGAGUGAUCAUGGAGUUUCUGUUUAUUAUUUCUCAGCCCAAAAUGUUGAUGAAGAAGAUGAGCCCACUGUCAAAGAACGUUUACUAGCAUUUGUUAUGCGAGUCAUUGAUAUUUUUUGCGUUUGGGAUUGUUGUGGUCCUUGGCUGGUUUUUCAGAAGUUUAUAGCUCUCAUCGUCUUUGAUCCCUUCAUCGAAUUGUUCAUCACCCUCUGCAUCGUGGUCAAUACUUUAUUCAUGGCUCUAGAUCAUCACGAUAUGGACCGAGAUUUAGAAAAAGCCCUCAAAAGUGGCAACUAUUUUUUCACUGCGACGUUCAUGAUCGAGGCAACAAUGAAAUUGAUCGCGAUGAGUCCAAAAUAUUAUUUCCAAGAAGGGUGGAAUAUUUUCGAUUUUAUCAUCGUAGCCUUAUCGUUAUUGGAACUUGGUCUUGAAGGUGUUCAGGGCUUAUCCGUGUUACGAUCAUUUCGAUUGCUAAGAGUGUUCAAACUGGCUAAAUCCUGGCCAACUUUAAAUUUACUGAUUUCAAUAAUGGGUAGAACUAUGGGUGCUUUAGGUAACCUAACCUUUGUGCUGUGCAUUAUAAUAUUUAUAUUCGCUGUUAUGGGUAUGCAAUUAUUUGGAAAAAAUUACACAGAUAAUGUAGAUAGAUUUCCAGACCAUGAACUUCCUAGGUGGAAUUUCACAGAUUUUAUGCAUUCCUUUAUGAUUGUAUUUCGUGUGUUGUGUGGAGAAUGGAUAGAAUCAAUGUGGGAUUGCAUGCUAGUCGGUGAUGUUUCAUGCAUUCCAUUUUUCCUAGCUACUGUUGUUAUUGGAAAUCUUGUGGUACUCAAUCUUUUCUUAGCUUUGCUUUUGAGCAACUUCGGUUCAUCGAGUUUAUCAGCUCCAACGGCUGACAAUGAUACUAAUAAAAUAGCCGAAGCAUUCGAUAGAAUUGGUCGUUUUAUCCGAUGGAUAAAAGCUGGUGUGGCAGAUAUUGCUAAGUUGAUUAGAUUUAAAUUAACUAACCAAAUAUCCGAUCAGCCGUCAGGUGAGGGACCCUCCAACAGUUGGAACCAAGAUCCACGAGACGGAGGAUUAGAUUUAACAGGUGAUGAAAUAUUAGCAGAUGGUACAAUAUUUAAAGAUAAGAAAAGCCCCAAAGAUAGGUUAGAAGUAACUAUAGGCGAUGGCAUGGAAUUUACUAUACACGGUGAUUCAAAAACUAAUAUAAAACGUGUAAAAAACGCAAUUAGUAAAAACAAAACAUUGGGAAAUUCUAUUUUGGAUCACGGUGAUUUUCUAGGCCAUUUAGACGACGAUGAAAUUAGCAACAAAUCGUAUGGUAGUCAUAAACAUAGGUUCAUAGAUGAAAGUCACAAGGGUAGUGCCGAUGUUUUAGAUGAUCAGGAAGAAAAACGUGAUGCUAGCAAAGAAGAACUAGGUAUAGAUGAAGAAUUAGAAGAUGAAUGUGACUGCCAAGGACCGUUGGACGACGAUCUCAUCUUGGAUGCUGCAACGGAAGAUAUUAUAAUAGAUGAAUACUCUGCCGAUUGUUUCCCAGAAAAAUGUUAUAAAAAGUUUCCAUUUUUGGCCGGUGACGAAGAUUCUCCAUUCUGGCAGGGUUGGGGAAACCUUCGUUAUAAGACGUUCCAGCUCAUAGAAAAUAAAUACUUCGAAACAGCAGUUAUCACCAUGAUCUUGCUCAGUAGUUUAGCUUUAGCAUUGGAAGAUGUUCAUUUGUCUCAACGACCUAUUUUACAAGAUAUUCUGUAUUACAUGGAUAGAAUAUUCACCGUCAUAUUCUUCUUUGAGAUGUUGAUAAAGUGGUUGGCUAUGGGUUUUCAAAAAUAUUUUACGAAUGCAUGGUGCUGGUUGGACUUUCUUAUUGUUAUGGUGUCUCUUAUAAAUUUCGUGGCUUCUCUCGCCGGAGCAGGAGGCAUUCAGGCUUUUAAGACUAUGAGAACAUUAAGAGCUCUUAGACCUUUGCGAGCUAUGUCUCGUAUGCAGGGAAUGAGGGUAGUAGUAAAUGCAUUGGUUCAAGCUAUACCAUCCAUCUUCAAUGUACUGCUAGUGUGCUUAAUAUUUUGGUUGAUAUUUGCUAUCAUGGGUGUGCAGUUAUUCGCGGGUAAAUACUAUAAGUGUGUUGAUAGUAAUAAAUCAACGUUAAGUUACGAAAUAAUACCGGACGUGAAUGCAUGUAAAGCAGAAAACUACACGUGGGAUAAUUCGCCAAUGAAUUUCGAUCACGUUGGUAAAGCAUAUCUAUGUUUGUUUCAAGUAGCUACGUUUAAAGGUUGGAUCCAAAUCAUGAACGACGCUAUCGAUUCCAGAGAGAUGCAUAAACAGCCUAUUAGAGAAACCAACAUAUACAUGUAUCUCUACUUUGUAUUCUUCAUUAUCUUUGGAUCUUUCUUCACUCUAAACCUGUUCAUUGGAGUCAUUAUCGAUAACUUUAACGAGCAGAAGAAGAAGAUAAGAGGAUCACUGGAGAUGUUUAUGACUGAAGAUCAGAAGAAAUAUUACAAUGCUAUGAAGAAAAUGGGAUCCAAGAAACCUAUGAAAGCUAUUCCAAGACCAAGGUGGAGACCUCAAGCCAUAGUCUUCGAGAUAGUCACCAAUAAGAAGUUUGACAUGAUCAUCAUGUUAUUUAUAGGUUUAAAUAUGUUGACGAUGACAAUGGACCAUUACAAACAGAAAGAGACGUUUACCAAAGUUUUGGACUCCCUAAAUAUGAUUUUCAUAGUUAUAUUUAGUACCGAGUGCCUCAUGAAAAUGUUUGCUUUGCGUUAUCAUUAUUUUACGGAACCUUGGAAUCUUUUCGAUUUAGUGGUUGUUAUAUUAUCAAUUUUGGGAUUGGUGCUAAGUGAUAUUAUUGAAAAAUACUUUGUGUCGCCGACUUUAUUGAGAGUUGUUCGAGUUGCGAAAGUCGGUAGAGUUCUUCGAUUGGUUAAGGGAGCAAAAGGAAUCCGCACACUGCUUUUCGCACUUGCCAUGUCACUGCCUGCCCUUUUCAACAUUUGCUUACUACUCUUUUUGGUCAUGUUUAUAUUCGCGAUCUUCGGAAUGUCAUUCUUCAUGCACGUCAAGGACAAAAGCGGACUCGAUGACGUCUAUAACUUCAAAACCUUUGGACAGUCAAUGAUUCUUCUAUUUCAGAUGUCCACUUCUGCCGGUUGGGAUGGCGUCUUAGAUGGAAUUAUAAAUGAGGAAGACUGUAAGCAACCAGACAACGAAAUAGGAGAAACGGGUAAUUGUGGUAAUUCCACGAUAGGUAUAGCUUUCCUACUUAGCUAUCUCGUUAUAUCAUUCCUCAUAGUCAUAAACAUGUACAUUGCCGUCAUUUUGGAGAAUUAUUCGCAAGCGACUGAAGAUGUGCAGGAGGGUCUAACAGACGAUGACUAUGAUAUGUACUACGAGAUUUGGCAACAAUUUGAUCCAGAUGGAACGCAGUACAUAAGAUACGAUCAACUUUCCGACUUUUUAGAUGUAUUGGAGCCUCCACUACAAAUACAUAAACCGAAUAAAUACAAAAUAGUUUCAAUGGACAUUCCAAUCUGCAAGGGUGAUCUCAUGUUUUGUGUAGAUAUCUUAGAUGCUCUUACCAAAGACUUUUUCGCUCGAAAAGGUAACGCUAUUGAAGAAACUGCUGAAUUGGCCGAAGUGCAAGGUAGACCGAAUGAGGUAGGGUAUGAACCGGUUAGUUCAACCCUUUGGCGGCAAAGGGAGGAAUAUUGUGCUAGAUUAAUUCAAAACGCGUGGAGAAAACACAAGAGAAACCGCGGAGGUGCAACUGAUCAGUCCGGCGAUGAAGGUGAUAUAGACGGUGAAGGGGAGCUUGAGGCUCGACAAACAGCGGUUCUGGUAGAAAGAAAUGGGCACAAAGUAGUGAUACACAGUCGAACACCCAGCAUCAGCUCUCGAACUGCGGACGUAUGAGACUGGCCUCGCCCCUCCCCACCCCUGUCAUAGUCGUCGGCGGGUAAACACGCUGCUUUGGACUAUGUUCAGAUUCAAAAGGCCUCACAACAAACACGUUAUACUUUAUCUCGGAUCCUAACUUUGACAGUCAAUAACAUCAAUAAGUAUAAAGAACAUACAUCACUUUAUCUCUCUCAUGUGCUUCAAUUUUCAGCGCUAAAAAAUAUAUGUUUCCUAACAAUUUGUUGAUAUGUUUUUUUCUUUAUUUUGUGUAAAUAAAUAUAUGAACAAGUUAACUGUAAUUGCAGAAGACUGUAAGAUCAUUUCAAACUUACCAUUCAAUAUCUUCUAAAAAUACAGUAUUUUGCUUUGGCGGUGUUCAAUUUAGGUUUUAGGCGAUAUUGAGCUUACAUAUAUUUUUUUGCGUUGUAAACGGCACUUUGUGAUUGUCCUGAAAAACUGAUGUAAUGAUUCACUACAUGUAUGUUACUUUAAUUAAACCGAGAUGAAACUUUACGUGAUAGUUUGUGCAGUGUAGUUUGAUGGAGAGAGUAUCGUUUUUUGGAUAUUCAAAUAUAUGUAUAUAUCAACUGCUGUACUGUUCAUAUUUCUAUCAUUUAUGGAAGACUAAUUGAUUUUAUGCUGAACAAGCCAAACUUAUUAGAAAUUGAAUUAGUUCGUCUGAAUUAUGGAGAAAAAAAAAUAAUAUUAUCUCAGUCGGAUAUUUCAUAUUUUUUUUCUAAGGUUUGAGCUUUAAAAAAAUUAGGUCCUCCAUAAUAUUCUGGUUUGUCUCUACAUGAGGCUGUUUUCACAGUUUUACUGCAGUAAUGAAGCUUGUAUAUCAUCUGAUAUCUUUGUGAUUAUAGAAUAUGAUAUGUUGUAACAGAGAAUAAAUAGGUUCUUAUUCCGCUUUAUACAAUGAGUGAUGCCGUAAGUCGUAAGUCUUGGUCUCAAUAUCUGCAGGAUCAUAUUAACACCAAAGCCAUUAUAUUUUUUAUAUUCUUAGUAUUUUCUUAUUGCAACUUCUAACCAGCAGCAAAAUAAGCUGAAAUAUUGAAUUAAAUAUUCAACAAAUACCUGAAUUGAUAAUGAACAAAAGUGUUGUCCAUUAUUAUUUUGAGGGCAAUAUUGAAAUAUAUUUUCUUAAAAGCAAUGCAAGUCACGCCUCUUCUACUAACACUCAAAUAACAAGUAUUUAUGAAAUUUUGCAUUUUUAUAAUAUACUUUUUGUGUGUAAUAAAACGUAGAUAUCCCUAUUUAACAUAUAUUUUAAAAAAUGAUAUUUGAAAGAUUUUUGUUAUGAUAGACAAGCUCAAUUUAACUCGUAUUAGUAGUUUUAUGAUCAGUAUCGAAUGUAUCAAAUGGAGUUGCUAAAUAACUAGUUAAAAUGAAUUUAUUACAGAAUUGGUGUCCCAGCACUAGUUCUUAGAUGAAAGUUCAGCUUAUGGUUAUUUGCAAAGGAUACAUAAAAAAGCAGUUGAAUUAGUGUAUAUUUUUUCUGUUUAUUCUGAUAUCCUGUCAAUUUCUGAUGUUGAGGUAUUUUUAAAAAUCACGUAAGUUGUGAUUCAUGCAUCAACAUUGGUGUUUGUAGGAAAAUAAUUUCAGUAAUGUAAAAUUAUAAAAUUUAAAACAUUGUCACUGUUACUCUGUUAUGAUUAACACCAAUCACCAAAGUUUACUUCGUAUUUCUCAAUAUGCAGAGUAAUAGAGACAGAACUCAAUUGCACUAUAACACAUACACAUUGACCGAUCUGUAAUAAUUUAAUAUAAAAAUUUCCAUUCAAAAUGUCCAAUUUCCUAAUAAACUUCUUUAAUACAUUUCGAAACAGAUAAGUCUCGAUAAGGAGAGCGAAGGACAGAUACUCUAAGAAUAAUAGAAUAAAUCGAUAGAAGAAAGCAUUUAUGACUGCAGUGAUGAAUAAAUAGAAGGGAAAUUAUUUUCUUCUUAUGUUGGACACUCACUAGACAUGUUUACAUAAUAGAAUAUUAAUAGGUACUAAAUAGCAAUGAAUCAGUGGAGGGAACUCUCAGGUAGAAGAAUUUACUUACUGUUUUGUCGGUAUUUUCUAAGCAAUAGGGAUUAUCGCAAAUUUAGAAUAGUACUAAAAGUUGAAAUGAUUAGAGUAUAAUGAAAAAAUAACAAUUCUCUCGUUUUUCGUCUCUUGGAAGUUGGUAAACUAAAAAUAUGUAAAAAAGACUCUUUCCAAAGUUACUCGGGAACAUUUGUACAUUUUUAGUAUAAAUUCGUUCUACUUAACUGGCUCUUAUAGUACUAAGAACUUUUAUGCUUUUAGUUGUAACAACUGUAUUGAGAAAUGAGUUUAUAUUUAUUUGAGUUAUUUUGAUUUGCGUUAAAAAAUUUGAACACUCAGAUUAUAUACUUAAUAUCAAUAACCUUUCGAGGAUUUCAUGCAACAAAGUAACAUCAACUUUCGAUCCCGAAUGUUGAGUUUACUUUGACGAAGUUUGUACUCACAAAAUAUUGAGCCCAACUGAUACCCGUUCAUAUUCUUAAAGCCGACGAAAUAUUUUUUUGUAUUUUUUUAUAUAAAAUAUUGUUGAUCAAAUAGUUGUUAAUAUUCGAAAUACUCCAAGAUCACUUCAGUCAUAAAAAAAUUUUCUUAUAACGUUUUAGAUCUUAAAUUAGUGAUAUUUGAUAACUCAUUGAGACGUAUUUUGAAUUUAUUUUAUCGUUCGUUAUUUAUUUCCAGUUCUGCCAAUGCCACUUAUGUUUAGUGUGUUAUUUGUCAUUCCAAUAUCAUUUCUGUUCACCCUAAGAAAUCAUACCCUAUCAAUAUUCCGCCCGAGCUAAUAUAAUUGCCUUAUAUAUAAGUGACAUUCAAAACAGCCCUGUUUGAUCACAGAGCGUAUUGGAGUGAUAAGUAUAUUUAGUAUUGUGAAAAAAUAAAUUGAAAAUGAAUAAUUAUCUGGUCAAUGUGUAAUGUAGUACAGAGAAAUAAUUGAGUCUGCUUCCCAAAAAUUGUUCGAGAUUGUUGAGAACAAAAUUCCCAUAAUGCUCUCAACUUAUCAAAUGAUAAUAAUUUUUGAAUAGUUGAUUCAAGCCAGUAAGUAAAUAGUUUCAUCGAAAAGUGAAUAUUUUUGAAAGUAGUUCUCUUUAUAAAAAUUCCCAAAUGCACAAAAAGUAGGAAGUUCUGUUAAAAUGGGUGCAUUUCAAAGAAUUUUGUAAAGAUAUAUAUAUUCUAAACAUGACUGAUUAUGAAUGAAUGAUUAAUCUAAUAAUAAAAAUGGACUAUAAAAAAAAUUCACAAAAGUUUUACUUUUAUAAUGGUGCUUUCUUCAAAUGCUAAUAUUCAAGCUAUCUUCACAUGCUACGUGGACCGCUAAUGGGGAGGGGGCGAAUGGGAAAACUUUGCGAAUUUCACAAUUUUUUUAUGCCUACCAGAAAAGUAUAUAAAUUGUGUAUGUGUGACAUUUUAGCCAUAUUUUUGCAUUACACUAAAAUCUAAGUAUGUGCUUUUGUCGGUCAUUCUAAAUUUCUUCUUAUGUACAUUCUCACGUAUAAAAAUGUUGAAAACAACUGUAUUUUGUGAAAUUAAGCAAUGCAAUCAAAAAUGUCACCCAUAUCUUUAUUGAGUAGUAUAUUCAUAAAUUUCUACAUAACGAGAAGUACAAAUAAUGCACUUUUGCGGUAUGUAUUUCUUUGUUAUAAAAACUGUUAUGAUAUUUCGUUAUUUAAUUGAUUAGUAUAUUAUUGUUAAAAUUUUAUAUAAAUAUUAUGGUUAUGGACAGUGUUUGGUUGUACUUUUGCUUAUGGUUUAAAUCUCAAUCACAACCUCGUUUUGAUAUACUGCCAUUCCCAGUCAGUAGAUCGAUAAGGGGGGUUCUAAACUUUUUUUCAUAAACAUAUAAACAACAGUAUCACGUUCGAAACUUUUUAACUGCUUUUAUAUAAAAAAUUGAUAGAUUGCAAUGUGAAAAACAUACUAUACAUAUAUAGUUAUUAAUUAUACCUACUAUUCGCGGCAGCUGCCAAUAAGUUACGUUCCUCUUUGCAACUUAAACCCGUCCUAUGCUGAAAUUCACGAGAUCUCUAUAUCAGUUUUAUACCUAUUCAAUUUUUAGUCACAUUAUAUACGAUACUGUGCAUGAUAUCUCUAUGGCAUGCACAUAUUUUUUACUGCACCUUCCGUCCAAAUUUUUAUUUGUUUAUACCAUUGUAUUCAGAAUAACAACAGUGUCCAAGACCAACUGUCUCAAUUCCCUUUAUUUGGAUAUAAAAAUUUCAUUUAUUUUCUUAGCUAAAAUUAUUUAUCUACAUUUUUCGAAGCGUGUCUUAAAUAUUAAAUCCCUCAAAUUGGUUGCUGCUGCUUUAUAUAAGGCUCUGUCAUUUUCCAUUCACAAUAUUCACACAUAUCAAUAUGUAUUAGAAAAGAAGAGUGAUAUUUUGUAUAGAUUUAACAUGCGGAGGUUGGCAUGUAAAAAAUAACACAUUAAACUUCGAUAUAUUUUAUUUUUCAUUGACUAACAAUAUCGUCGCCAAUGUCCGAACCCGGUUAACUUCGCUAGUUGCACAUCUUUCGAAACGUUUUUGGACAAAAUACAGGUUAGCAACUGUUGCUUCCCCCAUUAUAACUUUUCGAGAAAUACUAUCUCUUUCUUCUUCUAUCUCGCAGCUGAGAAUUCUCGGUUGAAAAGGUUUAAAUAUUCCUACAGAAGUUUCCGUCAACGUUUAUAUAUUUGAAAAUGAAACUUUCAGUUCAUAAAUACCGAGUCGAACUCUACAUAUUCACGUUACAACGAAACAUACGUCGAUCAAUAUACAUUGUUAAAACCAUUUAUUAUAAAAAUUAAUACAUUAACAACACAUCAGAUGUCAAUUACCAAAAAAUUUUGAAGUAUGAUUGACAAGAAUUGAAUAGAAGAGUAAUGGGAAUGGAUAACAUAGUUUAACACUACUUACUAAUGAAUGAAUUAUCUAUAAUAUUUGAUAGGUUUGAAACAAUGAGAAAACAAUUGAAAUUUCAUAUAUUAUAAAAAGUUAAGAAAAUCGAUAACUCUUUAUAUAAUACUUUAAUUAGUAUUAAAUUUAAUUAUUUGAAUAUGACAUAUUCAAAAUUACUACGUGGUUGCUCCUAACAAUUCAGAUUUAAGUCUAAACAAAAUUAUUACAAGAAUACUAAUAUAUAAUACGAGUAUUCAUAAGGUUUGUUCCAACCUGCUAGUCGGGACCGUACUUGGAACAGUUAUUGGAAGCGUUUAAAUGAUAUUUUCUGGGCAAUCUUCGGCUAUGCACGGUUCUGGAAACAGUACUUGUAAUCUUUAUUGGGCAGAAUCACCACCAUACCAAAGACGGUAUUUUGAUGGGUUGGAACGAACCUAUAAUAAUGUGAGAUAGCAACACAGUGAAUCGACUUUAACAAUUGUAUAUGAAUACCAUGUUAUUCACAACAUUUUCAUUAUACAAUUAAUUUUAUAUACCUAUAAGCCGAUGUACGCAACAUUUGUUAUAAUAAAUAUCUUUUUUGACCAAUAUUUUACUAGAUUACAGUGCAGGGUGGUAUUGAAAAUGUGUUUUAUAAAAGGAAUAACCUGCGGGUGAAUCGUUACUGUAUAAGAAAUCUGUAGGUGUUUAAUGUGAAUAUAAAAAAGGCAAUAAGAACAUGGUUGUAAUUGUUAGCAAAUAGAUUUAUCUGCGUGUUGUUUAUAAAAUAAAUUAUUUAACGAAAGAAGGAUUUUCUUGAGCUUUAGUUGAAUACAAAAUCAAACACUUUCCAUCUUUCCAAAACACAAAGUGAUAAAUAGAUUUAUACAGGUGAAAAGCUGCUAUAAAGGUUAUUUUUAUUUAAAUAUCGAGAUAUUUACAGCUUGUUUGUGUUUUCACGGAAUUAGUUAUUGUUAAAUAGGGAAAUUGUUCAAAAUAAUAAUGUUUGGUGAAACUGAGUCUGCUUUUAUAUUGUUAUAUAUUCCACUGUAUCAUAUAAUCCAAAAUGUGCUCAUAUAUUUUCCCUCAUUGAAUCAUAUUCGAUGGCACACAAAUAUAUCAGGCAUUCAAGUUAAUUCAAACUGGAAAAUGGAAAAUUUUAUCUAAAAAGCAUGGCGUUAAAUUUUCAUUUCUAUUACAAUAUUACAAUAAUCUAUAAUAUAAAUUCAGUAAUUUCAUAUAAUUGUUAAAUAGUAAGUAUUUUAAUACUGGUUCAAAUUAACUGAAGAGCAUUUUGGAUACCAAUUCAUCAACAUUUCAUUAAACAAGAAGCAUAUAAAUUUUACUAUGUGGGCUCAGAAUCGGUCCAGGCAUUAUACAACUAUGUAUGGUGUGUUGUCUCCAAAUCUUUAAUCAUAUACUUAAAUACCAUUUAAUACUGUUUUGAUAAUACAUUUUUAUAAUAAAUGGGCACCAAAAAUCUGUGAGCAUAUCUUUUCUUAUUUGUAGAAUUCGUGGCUUAAAACCCUUGCAUGAGAUAGGUUUUUGUUCUUCUGAAACAAUUGUCCAUUAUUGAAGUCAUACUUUUAAAUAACCUAUAUAUUUUUUAAAUAGAAAAAAAUACGGUAAAAUUACUGCAGGUAUUUCACUUAUUCAUUCCAAUAUCAUUAUAUUUAUAUGCACAAAUUAAUCAAUAAAAAGUAGCUAUAUAGAUCAAUAAUAACAUCGUGGUUUUUCAAUUUUUAAAAGGUUUUUCGUAGAAUAAUGCAGCAUUAUUGUCGUUGCAUCCGGUAUUAUUUUCUCACUAUAAAUAAUUCGAUUAUAAUAAAUAUGUGAGAAAUAUGAUUUUGACUAAUAUUCGGUAUGGGUAUGGGUCCGUCCGUCUAAACCAUUAAUAAAUCAUCAACUUCAUCGACUACUAAAAUAUUACUUUAUCUUUUGAAUACUACAGUGUGUUUUAUUGACAUAAUAUACAACAUUGAAAAUAAAUUACAAAUACCUAAUGUAAAUAGUCAUAUCAGAAUUUUUGGUGCACAUUGAUUGAAAAUUCAACAAUGUUUUUAAAAAAAUUCAGACAUACAUUUAGAUCGUAUAAUGAAUGUAACAAAAUUUGUUUUCAAGAUUUGAUUGUUACGAAUGACAAAGCUAUUUCGAAUCCACAAUGAUGAUUAUACAUUUUGCACAUGACUGUAUACAUGCUUUUUUAUAUUUUGCAUAUAAUUUAUACAGAGUUUCUCAAAACGAAAUGCGAUUAUUUCGAACUAAAUAGAAUGUCCAAAAUGUAGAAGUGAUGUUAAUGUAAUCAACUCUGAAAUUUAAUUUUGAAUAAAUCUUUUAUUUUGUGAGAUCUCGAUAUGAAUUAAGUCUAACAGCACAAAGUUUUCUAAGUUUAUGGUGAUAAGAAAAUUUUACUUGAAUAUACCAAAUUAAAAUUAUAUAGAGAGCUUUGAUAUUAAUUGAUAUUGUAUAUUCCUAACAAAAUGUUUUUGGAAAAUUUUUCAUCACUAGAAAUUUUGGCGAGUAUUUUUGAAAGACUCUGUAAAUUAAUAAGGUAACUUGUGUGGAUCCAUGUCGCAGACACGUUAUGUAUUUGGAAUGUGUUAGAAACAUGGUAUCUACAUCUCCAAACUCAUAAAUGUAAUAUAAUGAAUAAUCAUAGUAAAACAUAUAUACAUAUAAUUUUUCUAAGCAAUCGUUGUUUUAGGGUAGCUAUUGAUAUAUUAUUAAGAUUUAGUUUGUAAGCUUUGCGAAAAAUUAAAGCGAUCUCGAUUUAAAUUCGGUACAAUUUUUAA